CCCCCUUCCUCUUCUGGAGACCUAUCUUCACUCUAACACCCUCACUGCCCCGCCCUAUGUUCUCAACAUCCAAUCAGCGACUCAACAACAGCCGCCGCACCGCCCCCUCCUCCUCCGCCGCCGCCGCUCCCCCUCCGGCCACCAUAGCCACCGCCUCUUCCUCCUCUGCUCGCAGAGGAGCCGAUGUCGACCACCACCACCACGACGAUGACGGCGACGACGACAACGAAACCCAAGUCACGAUACGUGACAUCUACGCGCUGACCCCGCCCCGCCCCCCUCCGCCGCCGCCGCCUGGGAGAGCCCGCAGCCACCGCUCGUCGUCGCUCAGCAGCGGCGAGCUCGGAACCACCGCCACCACCACCUCCAGCGAGAACUUCACCACCAUGAGCAGGGAAUUCAACGCCCUCGUCCUCGCCGGCUCCGCCGUCGCCGCCGGGGGCGACGACGACAGCAACUACUUGGCGAGGAUCGGGGAGGACGACGACGAUGACGUGGCGGAGACGAACCCUCUGGCGAUCGUCCCGGACCGCAACCCGCUGCUGGUGCUGGGGAGGGGAGGGUCCACGUCAUCGUCGGAGGUGGCGCCGGUGAGCGGCGGCGGGGAAGGAGUGUCAACGGUGGGGAGAGUGCAGAAGGAGGAAGUGGAGACGAAGAUCGGCGCGUGGCAGAACGAGGAGAUUGCGAGAGUGAACAACAGGCUGAAGAGGGACGAAGCCAUCAUUAAUGGGUGGGAGAAUGAGAAAGUGCAGAAGGCUAAUGCUUGGAUGAAGAAGGUCGAGAGGAAGCUGGAGGAGAGGAGGGCAAGGGCAGUGGAGAAGAUGCAGAACAAGGUGGCGAAAGCACGCAGGAAAGCAGAGGAGAGGAGGGCGUCUGCAGAGGCAAAGAGAGGGACCAAAGUUGCCAGAAUUCUGGAGGUGGCCAAUCUGAUGAGAGCUGUUGGGAAAGCUCCUACAAAAAGGUCAUUCUUCUGAUGAAAAAAAAGAAUAGAUGUAUGAGAUAAUAUUGUUAUUAUGAAAGUAGCCCAGAAAAUGGAGGUAACUAGCUAGCUAGAUACCCUGAGGGAGGGUUGGUUUUGGUCCUGUUCCUGUAUAAUGUUUUGGAUUGCAGGGCAAGGUAACCCUAGGGGAGGGCUAGUAAUAUUAUUAUUAUGGAUGGGAGUGGAUGGAGAGGGGGCUAAGGGAAGACUAAUCCAGACCACAUAGCAAAAUUAUUUUGCUUGUUGUGUGUGUUCAAGGGAUGUUAUAUAGGGUGAGAGGAUUUAGGGUUUUGAAUGAUGGCCGGCGGAGCAGACUCUUUUUUGGCUGUUCUUUAGGUACUGUGAUUGUAAUCGUUAUUAUAAGUCUAAAUGUAUGCGCUUUUUUUUUAUAUGUUCGAUUGAAUAGAAAUUCAAAUGAGGA